GAAGAUGUACCUCAGCACUUUGACCACUACUUUGUUCAGCUUGCCAGAAGCAUCUGUGAUAAAUCCACCUCAGAAUUUAACAGUGAAAUCUCAGAAUUUCCAGCACAUUUUAUCAUGGGAACCAGGAAGUAAUACAACUAUGCCAACAUACUAUGAUGUGAUGUACAUAAGUCUCAGUGGAUCAGAAAACAAAUGGAAAAUUGCUAAAGAAUGUUCAAAUACCACACGCCUCUUCUGUAACUUGACAAAGGAGUAUGAAGAAUGUACUUAUACCUACAUGGCAAUGGUUCAGAGCAUCACAGGACAUAGAGUAUUAAAUUCAUCUAUAUUUCAAUUCUCUCCAUAUAGCGCCACAUACCUGGGUCCACCAGCAGUUAAUCUUACUGCUUGUCCAACCUGCAUAAAUGUGACAGUAAAACUUCCAGCCACGUAUUUAAAAGGAAGUUCUUUAAUUGAUAUAUAUCACAAACUUGAUUAUACGAUAACAGUGGAAUCAUUUGAUAGAAAGGAAACGAUUCCUAUUACGAAUGAAACCUCUGAAGAAAGCUUUAGCUAUGUUGUUGGAAGCUUGCAUUCAAAUACAAAUUAUUGUGUGUCUGUUGCUGUGGCUGCAUUAUUAAACCAUCAUUCCAUCCCUUCGGCCUUGAAAUGUAUAAUCACCAGGUCCAACACUCAACCAGGUUAUAGUAUAAUUCCAAUCAUAAAUGGUGGACUUGUUUCAUUGGUAAUAGGCAUCUUCCUACUAGGAUUGUAUAAAGGUUUCAUUUGCUUAAAAAGUAAACCGUGGCCAAAAGUUUGGCACUCUGUCGUCAUACCAGAAUAAUCCAACAUGGCAAAGGCACUCUUCUGUCCUUGAAGCUGUCCUCCAACCAGCUGCUGAAAGAGACCUGUGCCUUCAUUGCACCAAGCCCUCUGACUCUUGUAGGAAAUGGGGCUCUGAAGUCAGCUGGUGUGGUUCAUCUGCCUCUUUAUGCUGCAGCCAACCUUUCAUUGAGAAAAUCUUUGAGACACGCCACCAGGAGCAUCACUUAACUCUAGCUCAGAAAAUUGCCCCCAUUCCACCCAUUAUUUCUGAUUUCCUUCCCCCAGGAAAGGCACAAUGAGCAGUACUUUGGGUCACUUUAAGGCUCUACUUCCUUGUGAAUCAGAAUGCUAACAUCCCUUGCCCACUUCUGAAAUGGAUACUGUGACCUCUCUUGGCUGGGGUUUUCACUUCCUCCACAGAGCAUGCUCCUAUGGGCUCUCCCCUGAGGUUCUUUCAUAGAAUCACAGACUAUCAGGGUUGGAAGGGACCUUAGGAGGUCAUCUAAUACAACCCCCUGCUCAAAGCAGGCCCUGUCACAAGGUCUGCACCAGAUCUCCACCCUCUCGAGCCUGUACCAGCAGGUUAAAUAAAGAGUCCCUUCUUCA